UUAUACUCGAACCCAUCAAUGGCGGAGCAUCAGAGUCUGGCAAAGCAUCUGAGCUUUUGUGCAAAGAUGGGGUGGCUCGAUCAUGGCUCCCAGGCCCAUGGAUUUAUUCUAAAGAUGGGUCUUGAAUCAAAUUUAAUUUUAACCAAUUUUUUGGUAGAUAUGUAUGCGAAAUGCAAAAGAAUUGACAUAUCGCAGAAGCUGUUCGAUAGGAUGGGUGAGAGAAAUGUGGUCUCGUGGACAUCACUUAUGGGUGGUUAUGUAAACCAUGGGCUUGCUAUAAAGGCCCUCUCUCUCUUUUCUCAGAUGGUUCUUUUGGGGGUCCAUCCCAAUGAGGUUACCUUAUCAACUAAUCUCAAAGGAUGCAGCUCUUUGGGUGUGCUCGUAAAUGGUCUACAGAUUCAUGCUUUUAGUGUCAAAUUGGGGUAUGAAGAUUAUACAGUGGUUGGGAAUUCAAUUAUUGAUAUGUAUUCAAAGUGCAGUAAAAUUGAGGAUGCAACACAUGCAUUCAAUAAAAUGUCUGAGAAGAAUUUAAUAUCAUGGAAUUCAAUGAUUGGGGGUUUCAGUCAUUUGGGGCAUUGGAAAAACUCUUUGUUUCUGUUUAGGAAAAUGCACAGUCAAGGAGAGAAACCUGAUGAGUUCACUUUUGCUAGUGUUUUGAAGUCUUGCACAAGCCUCUGCGCCCUAAAAGAAGGGAAACAGAUCCAUGGCCAUCUGAUAGCAAAUGGGUUUUCAAAGAGAACUAUUUUGUCAAGCGCUUUGGCUGACCUUUAUGCGAAGUGUUCGGAAAUGGAUCAGGCAAAGGAAGUUUUUGAUAGGAUCUAUGAGAAAAAUGUGGUUUCUUGGACAGUUUUAAUUGUUGGAUAUGCUCAAGCAGGCCAACCUGAAGAAGCCAUGGAUUUAUUUCUACAGUUACAAAGAACAGGGGUUCCAAUUGAUGGUUUUGUUCUCUCAACCAUGGUUGGGAUUUUUGCAGACAUGGCUCUAUGUGAACAAGGAAAACAACUCCAUUGUUACACCACCAAAGUCCCCCUGGGUUCUGAUAUCUCGGUACAAAACUCGAUUGUGGAUAUGUACCUCAAAUGUGGUUUCACAGAAGAAGCUCGUCAAGCUUUCGAUGAAAUGCCUUCAAAAAAUGUCAUUUCAUGGACAGUGAUGAUCACCGGCUAUGGCAAUAAUGGUUAUGGCAAAGAGGCCACGAAACUCUUUGAAAAGUCGCAGAGUGAGGGAAUCAAACCAGACGAAGUGACAUUCUUGGCUACUCUCACUGCUUGUAGCCAUGGAGGACUCAUAGAAGAAGGAUUCAAAUAUUUUGAACAAAUGACCAAGAUCUAUAGAAUUCACCCAAGGCUUGAACACUAUGCUUGCAUGGUCGAUCUUUUAGGACGAGCCGGCAGGCUUAAUGAUGCUCUUAAGCUAAUUAAGGACAUGGGUUUGGAACCCAGUAAAGGGAUAUGGCAAACAUUGCUUGGAGCUUGUAGAAUUCAUGGUGAUUUGAAAAUGGGUCGAGAAGUUGCAGAGGUUUUGUUGAGUUUGGAUGACGAGAAUUCGGCAAAUUAUGUUAUGUUGGCUAAUAUGUAUGCAUCAGUUGGAGGGUGGCAGGAAUGUGAGAGAGUGAGAGAGGAGAUGAAAAGAAAAAGGUUGAGAAAAGAGGUUGGGUGCAGUUGGGUUGAGGUAGAGAGAGAAGUGCACUAUUUCUAUGGUGGUGAUGAUAAGCAUGCGCGUAUUGGAGAGGUGAGAGAGGUCUUGGAUGAUUUGUUGAAAGGGAUGAAAGAGAUGGGUUAUUGUGCAGCCUAUUCCUUGGAUUUAUAGUAAAGGAAGGGCUGAAAUUUCAAAGUGAGUUGUGGAAAAUUUGGUUAACAGACUAUAUUUAUUUGUG